AUGGGAGUCAACGUGGAAACGCUUUCUCCCGGUGAUGGAUCCACAUACCCUAAAAAGGGCCAAACUGUGGUGGUUCACUACACCGGCACACUUACAAAUGGACAGAAGUUUGACUCAUCUCGUGACCGUGGCAAGCCCUUCAAAUUCAAGAUUGGCAAGGGAGAGGUUAUCAGAGGUUGGGACGAGGGAGUGGCUCAGAUGUCCGUUGGUGAAAGGGCAAAGUUAACGUGCUCUCCUGACUAUGCAUAUGGACAACAAGGUCAUCCUGGAGUGAUCCCACCAAAUUCAACCCUCAUCUUUGACGUGGAACUUAUCCGUCUUGAAUAA